AGAGGGAGGGUGAAGGGUGGAGAGGGAACAGAUGAGGUAGAAUGAAGGAAGAGCGAGGCGUGAUGCUGCAUCUGCGGUGGGGUCCGCACGUGCAUUUCUUUGAGAGACAGAGUCAUAAAUAUGUAAAAGCAUAUAAAAACCCAGGCAAAAACUUCUGGUGUCAAGUCCCCACAGAGAAUCCAAGGUCUGCUCGAAUGGCUUUUUUCAAGUUCUCAGCUCUGGCUGUUUUGUUGCUGUCUGCCCACUGUUGGGCUGACAUCGAGGCAGAUGAUUUUGCAGAAGAUCUGAGUGAUCUUUCUGUGUCUGAAAUUCUGGAGAGAGCCAACAGUAAUCAUAUCCGUUCAGCCGAUGAGCCAUUACUGAUUGAAGGAGACAUUGCCAUCGACAAUGAUGCAGAGAGAAAUGCUGACCCCUGCACCGCUCGUGGUUGCACAUGGCGCAAGUCGACUGAUGGAAAGGUCUACAUUCCCUAUUACAUCACCAAUCACUUCUCAUCCCGUGAGAAGGCCAUUAUCACCCGCGGACUGGAGUCCUUCUCUUCAUUUUCCUGCAUCCGCUUCAGGCCCACCAGAAGCAGCGACCGUGACUGGCUGAGUAUCGAGUCCCAGAAUGGAUGCUACUCUUUUGUCGGCCGUCGUGGUGGUAAGCAGGUGGUUUCUCUGGCUCGCCGAGGAUGCCUUUACCAUGGCACCGUCCAGCACGAGCUGCUCCAUGCGCUUGGAUUCAAUCACGAACAGACACGCAAUGACAGAGACAACCAUAUCAGGGUUCUACUGCAGAAUGUUCAGUCUGGAAUGGAGCACAAUUUCAGGAAGAUUGCCACUCUCAACCAGGGCACUUCUUAUGACUACAACUCUGUUAUGCAGUACCACAAGUAUGCUUUCUCCAAGAACAACCAGCCCACCAUGCUUCCCAUCCCUAACGCUAACGUAUCCUUUGGCAAUGCUAAGGAGAUGAGCCGCGCUGACAUCGCCAGGCUCAACACACUGUACAAGUGUUAAGAAGCCUUUUCUCAAAGUGAUAACUGCGGGUUCAAGGGAGGAAUAUUCCCCCCAUCUUCAGGAGCAACUGGGUGACAGAACUCCAGUUGUGGACUCAAAAGCAAACUCAGUGAUUUCGCAAUAAAGUUACAUGAACAAGA